UAUAAUUAAUUAUUAGAAUGAAAUGAGGAAACGGAGGUGUGUCAAUUCGAAGAAACGGUGAAGUAAUACACCUCUGUGUCAUUUCCUGCCGGAGAAACUGGAUCCAGUUACUUCAACGACAGAUACUAACUAGUCUGAUAACACACUUUAGUUUUGCGGUUAUGUCUUAUAAUUUAGGUUAAAGGUAGAUCGCUGUUUGUUUUUUUUUAUCUAAGAAUAAGUACCUCAUUGUUUUUUCGGUUCCUUAAAUUUCGUGGAUUUGUAUUUGAAAACGCAUGAUGUUGGCUUUUUGUGAUUCACUGACAUUCCUGAUGGUUUUGGUCACAGCGGUUUCCACACUGGUUCCACCUCCAGAAAAUGUGACAGUGAGCUGCAACAACUUUCAUACAACUGUUUAUUGGAACUACAGUGAACUGCUUCGUCAACCUCUCUUCAAAUUGAAAAUAAAUAGUGAUCUCAACCUUAGUUUCCCGCUGGUUUCGACUAAACAGCAUCAUUAUGACCUCGCCCACUUCAUAUGGAAUGCUAAAGAAUUGGAUCGCUACUUUGUGAAUAUAACGGCCAGUGAUGAAACGGGGGAAUCGGCAUCUCUGGAGUCCUCGAUAUUCACAUUUAGUAGAGACCUUACAGCUGACAUCAAGUGCAAGUUGGAUUUCCCUGCUGUAAAAGUGUCAAUGAAGGAUAUGGAGGUCACAGUUAGCUUCGACAACCCUUACCACCUGUACACAGAACUGAAAGAGUCUUGCAUACGUGAAGAUAAUAAACACUUCCUUUACCAUGUAACCUAUGAAAAUACUGAAAGCUCUUUCUGUCAGAUAAAAGACAAAGUCUGUUGCCAUCACUUCACGGUCUGGGAGAACAAGGAGCAGUACUGUGUGAGCCUGGAGGAGAAUGCAAUGAGCCACAAAGUGAUGUUCAGCAGAAUAGGACCCAUCUGUGGCGAUGAAGACAAAACAAUUUCACUGAAAUCAUCUUUGCUCAUGCUUUUGCCAUUGAUCACCAUUGGCAUUGUGGCCUUUGUAGUCUUUGUGACAAUAAGGCUCUGCAAGAGAAGCAUGAGGAAAAGAAACUUGUCCAAUUUCCCAAAGACUUUGGCUUCAAUCCUAUCAAACCCACAUGACAAGAAUAUAAUGCAACUGCAAUGCGAGAUCAUAGCGCACAUCAGUGGCAUAGAACCAGCUACCACCACAUCCCAGAGCAUGUUGGAAACUUCCAAAGAGGAGGAGGAACCGACCACUAGCGUUGGAUUUUCAUCUUACCUUCAAUGCCCCAUUAGUUCUGGGCAGGUGGGAGAGGGCUUAUUUGACAGAAGAAGCCAAUUACGGUCUGAGCUUCUGAAGGUGACACAGCCAUGCUCUGUGCUGCUGUGUGGAGAUGACUCAGAGGAAUCAGACUCAAGGACAUUGGAGGUGGAGGACAUGGAUUCCCCAGCCUCUGUCUAUGACAGACAACACAUUCCUCUACUGGAGGUGGAGAUGAGUGCAGGAGAUAUAGUGGUGCGCUAUGGCUCCACCUGAGCACCUCUGAACUCAAGCCUCUGUAAAUCACACCUUUCACUGUAUAGAUGAAAGACAAUGACUUCACAGAACUGGUUUACCUAGGUACACUGAUACACUGUCGUGCCUCACUGAUUUUCAAUCACGUCUUCAGUGGUGUAGCUCUUCAUUCAAAGACUCAAUCAUGGACACGCUUACUGACAGUUGUGGCUGC